CUGAAAGACGGCUUGCAUUGCCUCUGCUUUCUAAAACACUGUAAGGAGUAUAUCGUUAUAUACAGGACUGUAAAUUGGGAGCAUUAUUCUUGUAUUCUGCUUCACAAAAGCUGCGGUUGCUAAAAGCAGUGCCGACGGCAGCACGCACCUCGGUUACCAUCCACAUUCUUCCUCUCUGAGCAUCCAGCGCAAGCUGGGAGCUCAGAACCUGGAGGGAAUCCUGUACCCGCAACCUGAUUCCGCUCGCCGCCGAUUGGCCCGAACCCCGAACCCCGCCCCCACGGCGGGGGCGGCCUUUUCACUGGGAUCCGCCCCUCAGUCCUGGGAAUCGCUUCUUGGCAGGCCAGCUGCGCCUGCCACUCAGCCCGAGUGGCGUGGGCUCUGGGCUCGGAGCCCCGCCCCCUCCCCCCUAAUUGAUAUUAUUGGAGUGUGGAGCAAGCGGCCGGUCUGCAGUCGGAGACUUGCAGGCAGCAAACACCGUGCGAACGAACAGGAGGGGGAAAAAUAAAAAAGCUAAACGUGGAGCAGCCGGCCGGAGAUCGAAAAGGGGGAAUCGAUGCGAGGAGCGCAAUAAAAAGAAUCUACUUCGGAGCAAAGAGCAUUAAAAAAGCUACGACUCAACUGAAACCUAAAAUAAAACCUGCUCGUGCACCAUGGUUUUUCAAACUCGGCACCCGUCAUGGAUUAUUUUAUGCUACAUCUGGUUGCUCCGCUUUGCACACACCGGAGAGGCGCAGGCUGCAAAGGAAGUACUACUACUGGAUUCUAAAGCACAACAAACAGAGUUGGAAUGGAUUUCCUCUCCACCCAAUGGGUGGGAAGAAAUAAGUGGUUUGGAUGAGAACUAUACCCCGAUACGAACAUACCAGGUGUGCCAAGUCAUGGAACCCAACCAGAACAACUGGCUGCGGACUAACUGGAUUUCGAAAGGCAAUGCACAAAGGAUUUUUGUAGAAUUGAAAUUCACCCUGAGGGAUUGUAACAGUCUUCCUGGAGUCCUGGGAACUUGCAAAGAAACCUUUAAUUUGUACUAUUAUGAAACAGACUACGACACUGGCAGGAAUAUAAGAGAAAACCUCUAUGUAAAAAUAGACACCAUUGCUGCAGAUGAAAGUUUUACCCAAGGUGACCUUGGUGAAAGAAAGAUGAAGCUUAACACUGAGGUGAGAGAGAUUGGACCUUUGUCCAAAAAGGGAUUCUAUCUUGCGUUUCAGGAUGUAGGGGCUUGCAUAGCUUUGGUUUCUGUCAAAGUGUACUACAAGAAGUGCUGGUCCAUUAUUGAGAAUUUAGCUAUCUUUCCAGAUACAGUGACUGGUUCAGAAUUUUCCUCUUUAGUCGAGGUUCGAGGGACAUGUGUCAGCAGUGCAGAGGAAGAGGCGGAAAACUCACCCAGGAUGCACUGCAGUGCAGAAGGAGAAUGGUUAGUGCCCAUUGGAAAAUGUAUCUGCAAAGCGGGCUACCAGCAGAAAGGGGACACUUGCGAACCCUGUGGCCGUGGGUUCUACAAAUCUUCCUCUCAAGACCUUCAGUGCUCUCGCUGUCCAACUCACAGUUUUUCUGAUAAAGAAGGCUCCUCAAGAUGUGAAUGUGAGGAUGGGUAUUAUAGGGCUCCAUCUGACCCACCGUAUGUUGCGUGCACAAGGCCUCCAUCCGCACCACAGAACCUCAUUUUCAACAUCAACCAAACCACAGUAAGUUUGGAGUGGAGUCCUCCUGCGGACAAUGGGGGAAGAAACGAUGUGACCUACAGAAUAUUGUGUAAACGGUGCAGUUGGGAGCAGGGUGAAUGUGUUCCCUGUGGGAGUAACAUUGGAUACAUGCCCCAGCAGACUGGAUUAGAGGAUAACUAUGUCACUGUCAUGGACCUGCUAGCCCACGCUAAUUAUACUUUUGAAGUUGAAGCCGUAAAUGGAGUUUCUGACUUAAGCCGAUCCCAGAGGCUCUUUGCGGCUGUCAGUAUCACCACUGGCCAAGCAGCUCCCUCGCAAGUGAGUGGGGUAAUGAAGGAAAGAGUGCUCCAGCGGAGUGUGGAGCUUUCUUGGCAGGAGCCAGAGCAUCCCAACGGAGUCAUCACCGAAUAUGAAAUCAAGUACUACGAGAAAGAUCAAAGGGAACGGACCUACUCGACAGUAAAAACCAAGUCCACUUCAGCUUCCAUUAAUAACCUGAAACCAGGAACAGUGUAUGUUUUCCAGAUUCGGGCCUUUACUGCUGCUGGUUAUGGAAAUUACAGUCCCAGACUUGACGUGGCCACCCUAGAGGAAGCUACAGGUAAAAUGUUUGAAGCGACAGCCGUCUCCAGCGAACAGAAUCCUGUUAUUAUAAUUGCUGUGGUCGCAGUGGCAGGAACCAUCAUUCUCGUGUUCAUGGUCUUUGGCUUUAUCAUUGGGAGAAGGCACUGUGGUUAUAGCAAAGCUGAUCAAGAAGGGGAUGAAGAGCUUUACUUUCAUUUUAAAUUUCCAGGCACCAAAACCUACAUUGACCCUGAAACCUAUGAGGACCCAAAUAGAGCUGUCCAUCAAUUCGCCAAGGAGCUAGAUGCCUCCUGUAUUAAAAUUGAGCGUGUGAUUGGUGCAGGAGAAUUUGGAGAAGUCUGCAGUGGUCGUUUGAAACUUCCAGGGAAAAGAGAUGUUCCAGUAGCAAUAAAAACCCUGAAAGUUGGUUACACAGAAAAACAGAGGAGAGACUUUUUAUGUGAAGCAAGCAUCAUGGGGCAGUUUGACCACCCAAAUGUUGUCCAUUUGGAAGGGGUGGUCACAAGAGGAAAACCAGUCAUGAUUGUAAUAGAAUUCAUGGAAAAUGGAGCCCUAGAUGCCUUUCUCAGGAAACAUGAUGGGCAAUUUACAGUCAUUCAGUUAGUAGGAAUGCUGAGAGGAAUCGCUGCUGGAAUGAGAUAUUUGGCUGAUAUGGGAUAUGUCCACAGGGACCUUGCAGCUCGCAAUAUUCUUGUCAACAGUAAUCUUGUUUGUAAAGUGUCAGAUUUCGGCCUGUCCCGAGUUAUAGAGGAUGACCCAGAAGCUGUCUAUACAACAACUGGUGGAAAAAUUCCAGUAAGGUGGACAGCACCUGAAGCCAUCCAGUACCGGAAAUUCACGUCAGCCAGUGAUGUAUGGAGCUAUGGAAUAGUCAUGUGGGAAGUUAUGUCCUAUGGAGAAAGACCCUAUUGGGACAUGUCUAAUCAAGAUGUUAUCAAAGCAAUAGAAGAAGGUUAUCGUUUACCAGCACCCAUGGACUGCCCAGCGGGUCUUCACCAGCUGAUGCUGGACUGUUGGCAGAAGGAACGUGCUGAAAGGCCAAAAUUUGAACAGAUCGUUGGAAUUCUAGACAAAAUGAUUCGAAAUCCAAAUAGUCUGAAAACACCCCUGGGAACUUGUAGCAGGCCAAUAAGCCCUCUUUUAGAUCAAAACCCUCCUGACUUCACUACCUUUUGUUCAGUUGGAGAAUGGCUACAAGCUAUUAAGAUGGAAAGAUAUAAAGAUAACUUCACAGCAGCCGGCUACAACUCCCUUGAAUCAGUGGCCAGGAUGACUAUUGAGGAUGUGAUGAGUUUAGGGAUCACACUGGUUGGCCAUCAAAAGAAAAUCAUGAGCAGCAUUCAGACUAUGAGAGCACAAAUGCUACACUUGCAUGGAACUGGCAUCCAAGUGUGAUAAGCAUUUCUCCCUUCCGAGGGAGACGAUGGACCCAGAGAACAGAACUGGCCUUCGGUGUAUGCAGAGAAUGCUGCUGGAAGACAGUUGAUGUCCUGGUCCUUCCUACCGUGAAGAGAAGAUUUAAGAAGCACCUAUAGACUUGAACUCCUAAGUGCCACCAGAAUAUAUAAAAAGGGAAUUUAGGACCCACCACUGGUGGCCAGGAAAACAGCAGUGACAAUAAACAAAGUACUACCUGAAAACAUCCAAACACCUUGAGCUCUCUAACCUCCUUUUUAUCUUAUAGACUUUUUAAAAUGUACAUACAGAAUUUAAGAAAGAAUAUAUUUGUCAAAUAAAAUCAUGAUCUUAUUGUUAAAAUCAAUGAAA